AAAAAUGCUAUCCAGGCUUCGUGCAACCGGCACCAGGUCAGUGUUUCCUUUCCAGUUCUCAAAUCUGGAUCAAUCUGGAUGCUUGUUAUAACUGGUCAGCGGUCAUCAGCGACAGCAAGCACUUUGUGUUGAACGAAUAACUGUAUCUUCCACUACACAUGUGUGGAAAGAGAAAUUCAUAAAUUUAUCUUAUAUUUCUAAAGUAUGAGUGCGCUCAUACACAAUUGAAAUGAUUUACAAAGUGUUAGCAGAAACAAUUGAUCAUGUAUGGGUUUUUUCGUGGAUAUUAUCAUCUGAAAAAGAGUUUUAAAUUGGGAACCGUAAUAUUUGUACAUCGGAGUCCAAGUUUUUCAAGAAAGAGAUGGUUCUGUUGUCCGUCGUACUUCACCGGUAUCCCUGCUUCUUUUGACAGAAGUAAAAUAAUUUGCAAAUACAAUAAAGAAAGAGUUACUUGCUCUAACGUUGUCGGUGAUAAAAGUAAAAGCAGCGAAGACAGGAUACCAUCUGCAGUUAAAGAAUUACUAGGAAUUGAAGUUUACCCAGAAAUAUUUGACCAACUUCCUUGUAAAUGCACAGGCUGUGGUGUCAUCUUGCAAAGUGAUAAUGUGCAAAAGCCUGGAUUUAUUCCCAGCUACAGAAACCCUAAUAUUCACAGUAACAUCGAAGAAAAUUUUUAUUCUGAGAUCAUAUGUCAGCGAUGUUUUAAUCUUAAACACUACAGUCAAGAUGUUGGACCUAUGGUUCCACCUGAAGCCACUGAAAAAUUUUUAAAACACAUCUCUCGAAGAAAAGCCUUGAUACUAUAUGUUGUUGAUGUCAUGGAUAUUCCCGGAUGUUUCAUUGAAAAUAUCAUGGAAAUUGUCGGUGAAACUAAGCAUGUUAUACUUGUAAUCAACAAAUUAGAUAGCUUUCCUGUUGAUGGAAAACCAAAACAUCAAAUUGAACGGUUAAAAAAAAUUAUUCUUGACAUUGGUAGAAAGCAUGGCUUAGCUUAUGCAAACAUUCUUGAUGUGGUUGCCAUCAGCUCCAAAACUGGGUUUGGUGUAAAAAAUUUAGUACGAACCAUCAAGGAACAUUGGAGGAAAAAUUCUGAUGUUUAUUUAGUUGGUUGCAAUAACUCAGGAAAAACAACAUUGUUUAACUUGCUAAAAGAUCUUUCCUCAAGCCGUUCUUCAGAAAAUAUGCUUAAAAGAGGUGUAGUUAGUCCAUCUGUGGGGACAACACUAAGCCUUUUACGCUAUCCUAUUACAAAAUACAGAUUUCAAAGACUUGGAGACAGACUUAGGACUGGCGUUUCUGAGAAAAUGAUUAAUGACAAAGAAAUGAUUAUGGAGGUUGACUUAGACGAUGAUAUAGUAGACAAAAGUUUGACCAAAUAUAGAGACAUAAAAGGUGAUGUUCUCAAUACUUGUGCUGCUAUAUCACCUUAUCAUCAAGUUGAGAUUGUAGCACAACAGGAAAGUAAAGAAACCAUUUCAUGGUUAUAUGAUACACCAGGUUUAUUCAAUAAAAAUCAGUUGACACAUAUUUUGAGAAAUGAAGAAUUGAAGCUACUCAAUCCAGCUUUGUGGUUUGUUCCACGAACUGUGAUAAUGAGACCAGGUCAAGUUAUGUUUCUUGGAGGUCUAGCAAGACUAGACUAUCUUCAUAUCACAAGAAAGUCGUUGCACCAUCCAAAUAAGGAUGAUAAUGUUCUUAAGGCCUCCCAAUACAUCUUUUUUACAAUUUUUGCUUCGCCUAAUCUUCCUGUCCACGUAACCAGUUGUGAAAGAGCAACAAAGUUCUAUGACCAACAUGUUGGUGAGGAAAUUUUGAAGAUACCAUGUGGUGGUGAAAGUAGAAUGAAUUUCCCACAGUUAAAAGGAAAAACCUUUGAAGUGAUGGGAAAGAAGUGGAGGUACAGUGCAGCUGACAUUGUCCUAUCAGAUGUUGCAUGGGUUGCUGUGACUGCAGGCUCAGCAUCAAUUGUUUCAAUCAAAGCUUACACACCCAAUGGAGCUGGCUUGUAUCUCAGAGAACCUGCUCUCCUACCUACUAGUGUUCAACAACGAGGACGUCGUGGUGUGCCAUAUUUGGGGCACGUCAAUCGUAAUAUGUAUCAGGGGACUCGUAAAAAGAGCCCCUCGUUGAUGAAGUAUUUUGCUAAAGAGAACUUUGGCACAAUUCAGUGGAUGAAAAUUGCUGAUAAAAAAGGAAAAACAACGUGUCUUGUUGAAAUUUGCAAAAACACAAUAUUAUCAAAAGCUGGGCGUCGGUUACAGCGCACGUAGCAAUCCUCGCAGAUAUUUACCUGACACGAAUGACCAAGAAUUUGAGAGCAAGAUGUUACAGAAUGAAUAACCUUGUGUUUGGUUAUUAGGGAAGUGUCUUCAAGAAAGAAGAUGUAGUUGUGGAUUCUUUAGCCAUGAAAAUGGAAGCUUGGAGAAAUUUUAAAACGUUUCCUCUCUGUGUGUGUCGAUUGUUGUUUGUGGUAUUAUGACGAAUUUGUUUUCGUUGACAUCAGCAAAACAUUAAUAUGAAGAUAAGAUUAAGGGGCUGUUCAUAUGAGCCCGGCUAACCGGGAUCUAGUGAUGCAUUAAAUGAUUUUGAUGCAUUGAAAGGGGGCAAAACUUUAAGCGUAAAAAUUACAACUGUUUGCUAAGAGCGCCACAAGUCAUUUCUGUUGAAAUUCUCAAAUUAGGCCAAACUGGCUGUUUCAAUUUUAAAUGUUUUGCGCUGUCAUUAAAUCAGAAUAUUGUGAAAUUGCUCGGGAAGAUUUAACUGAUGAUAAGUGUAGAAUCGUUUCCAUUUGCCAAAUUCAUCUAACGCCUCACUAAAUCCCGGUUAGCCUGGCUCAUAUGAACAGCCCCUAAGGUCUCUAACCAUUCUAUAACCCUCCUCUAACUACAUUUCGUGAAUUAUGUAUAUUAUGCAAUAUUUAUAAGGCCUUUGCUCUAUUUCUUGACUCCCACGCUCUUUAACCGCCGUUUAUCACAUACCUUAUGACGUCACAAAUAUUUCACAACGAAAUUCUUGUUUAGUUGGCCGAACAAUAAUUCCUGAUAAAUUUUAUUUGUGCCUAGAUUUGAGAGCGUUUUUCUGAUUAUUGUUUUGUGAUAAAAAAACCACAGAAUUGGCUCUUUAACCUGUUGAGUAAGGUUCGUAGUUUUUGAAACUGCCUUUGUGUCGAAACCUGCAUCACUUUGGGAAUGGCGUCAGUUAGAGACUUACUUCGUUCAUUUGGUCUACUUGUGUUUGUGGCUUGUGUAACUGGUCAGGCUUUAACAGGAGUAAUGUAUGAACUGUCUGAUCUUAAAUCAUGUAAACGUGUCCCAAAUUUGCCACCGUGUAGUAUAACAAGAGCGAACUAUGUGCCUGAUUAUGCAUCGAAGCAGUUCUUGAAGUUGAUGGAGAAAAUUUAUCGCUUGGCGCGCGAUAUUUCUCGUUUGGACAGUCGUCCACAAUGUAAAAAGGCGUACGAGCAGUUUCUCUGCGCUCAGUACUUUCCUAAAUGUAAGAAAGGUCAAGAUCCACGAUAUCCCAACCUAAAAUAAACCGUCGGAUCAUACACGAUCCUGACAUAUCAAAGAAAUGCAGUAAUGUCAUAGCGUCAUGUAAUGAACUUGUGUCGAAGAAGUUUGUUGGUGAUCGAUACUUUUUAUGUGACCAUGUUGACAACUAUCCUCGUGAAGGCUGGGAAAUUGGUCGUUGUGUUAAAUAUGACGAGGAAAGUCGUUGUAGAACGACUGGGUCAGACGAACUAAAGUUACCAGCAUGGCUGAGAGACCAACAUGACCAAGAGGUUCAGCAGUUCAUGAAUUUGACCACUUUCCAUGUGAACCAUACAUUACCUCUGUGGUGCAGAAUACGACUUGAAAAUUUUUUAUGUCGUCAUCCAAUUUGCAAAAAUGGCAAACUUUUGACCAACUACACCCGACAAACCUGUUCUAAUGAACUUGAAUGUGCUCGUUUUGUUCCUGGCGAAAUCAAUGUAGAUGCGAUCUGUUUAACAUUUCCAAGCACUUCAUCAUAUAGCUUGGCAAACAUGAUGCUCAUUCUCAUAACCAUUUUCAUUUUUUCUGCUUGUGUACUCUAACAUACAUAUUUUAUCAAUAAGUAAUAUUUUGUUCUUUGAGAUGUUCAUAUACAUGAAAACUUUCGAGCACCGUGGUAUAAGUUGUACAUGUUGUUUUUGAUUUUACCAACAAUUCAGAAUUUAUAUGUGUGGUGAAGGUUAAAUUUCAUGAGGUGUUAAUAUUAGUCUCUUUACAGGUUUAUAACUGAUUCAAACAUGAUCAUUCACCAGCUCGACAAUUGUUGAUAAUUUCUAAUUGCCGCAGAAAAUUAUUGCACGUGUAUUACCUAAUUUCAACGUUAAUAAUUCCUGUGAGUUUUUUUGGAGAUGAAAAUCCUUUCAAUACUGCACAAAAAUACGUAUGUUGUCAAUUUUUUUAGUUAAUUUAUAAACAGCAGUCAUCGUUGAAAUGGGUUGUAAUAAUUGGAUGAACAGGUGUAGUUUGGUAAAAUUUCAUCGCUGCAUUAUCUAGAGCGUUUAGUAGUUUUAAAGUUUAACGAUAAGAACAUGUAUUUGCACGUAAAAUUUUGGAAAAAAUGUACCAAGAACGCAAAUUUAAACUAUGGACUACCUAUCGCUUUAAAACCUGCAAAUGACCUAUGAAUACCAACAUGUAUGAUAUCAUUAGAGAAAAUACUUUCAUUCUUAUUGUAAGUUGUAUCUAUUGACUGUGAAAUAUAUUUACCUUGUUUUUUAAA